UAGUAUUAUUAUCUUGCCUUCCACCCACCUUCCAAAUGGUCCAAACCAUUGUCAUUUCUCCCUUUCUUUAUUCACUUUCACAGCUAUUAUCUGAGCCCAAUCCCCCUAUUAUAAAUCCUCAAUAAACCUCACAUUUUUUUUGCAAUACCCCACACCCAAUAGCUAAGGCUUUUUUCUGUUUGUAUAAAAAUCCUUUUUCAUAGCAUUCAAGCAUAUACUACCAAAAACAGAGAAAAUGGCUGCAUCUUCCCUUGUAAUCUCCCCAAGAAAGCUUCGAUCCGAUCUCUACUGUUAUUCCUAUCAACGUGAUGCAAACACCCCACUGGUUAUAUCAGUUCUUGCUUCUCUUAUCGAGAGAACAAUGGCAAGGAAUGAAAGGAUUGCCAAGAACUGUAAAUGGGCAUUGACGAGAAAAGAUUUCAGGAGCAGGGUUUUCGAUUGCCACGAGACACCCGACAUGACGAUUCAAUCUUACCUAGAGAGAAUUUUCCGAUACACCAAAGCCGGUCCCUCGGUUUAUGUGGUUGCUUAUGUGUAUAUCGAUCGGUUUUGCCAGGCAAAUCCUGGGUUUCGGAUCAAUGCAAGAAACGUACACAGGCUUCUCAUCACAACGAUCAUGGUGGCUUCCAAAUAUGUUGAAGACAUGAAUUACAGAAACUCUUACUUUGCACGAGUUGGGGGAUUGACUACAAACGAAUUGAAUAAUUUGGAGCUUGAAUUUUUGUUCUUGAUGGGUUUCAAGUUGCAUGUAAAUGUGAGUGUGUUCGAGAGCUAUUGCAGUCACUUAGAGAGGGAAGUGAGCAUUGGAGGAGGAUACCACAUCGAGAAGACUCUAAGAUGCGCUGAAGAAAUCAAAUCAAGACAAAUUGAAGAACGAAGAUACAAUCAGAUUGCUCGCAUUAUGUUGUAAUUUUUACAUGAACAAUCUGGGAAUUUUCAUCCCCCGGUUUUCCUUUUUGUACAGAUUGUAAGUGUAAAUAUUUGAUGGUUUGCUUGAAAGACUGUAUAAUUUUAUUCCAUGGCUAACUAAUAACUUAUUACAAUUUGCUUUCAAA